AUGUCGCUUGUCGCAGUAAAGAAAAGUCUUGAGAUCGCAGUUAGAAAGUUGAAACAAUAUCUAAGUGAUCUGCCAAAAUAUGAGAUUGAAGUUAAUAAUGAGGAAGAAAUAGAAAAAUGUUGGUGUAUGGUGAAGAGAGAUAUUCGAUUCUUAGAGGGGUAUGUAGAUACUAUUACUGAGUCACAAGAAAAAUGGGUCAACGUAGUAAGCAAGAGAAAUCGUGAGGAAGAGCGAAAAGAGUAUGAAGCGGCAUGCGAGGAAGAAAGUGGGUUUUUGGAGAUAGUGGCUGACGCAAAAGAUGCAAUUCAGAAUCUAAAGUGUAGGAUGGAAGAGUUACAGAGAGCAAAAGUAACCUUUGGAAAUUCCGCCAUAAAAGAAGAGAAUGAUGAGAAGCCUUAUAAAAGUGAGUUACCCCAAACGAAACUCCCAGAAUUUAGAGGAGAUCCUCUAGAGUGGCAAGGAUUUUGGGAAAUAUUCGAAUCCUUCAUAGAUAAACAAAAUAUACCAGCCGUGGUCAAGUUUAUGCAUCUAAAAAAUUGCUUAGGAGGGAACGCAAAAACCGUGUUAGAAAGCCUGCCCAUUACGGCUGAGAAUUAUGUCGAAGCUAAAAGGAUACUAGUAGAAAAUUUUGGAAACUCGAGAGUCAUUCGGAAACGUGUCCACCAUAUGUUACAGGCCCUACCGAAGUGUUCGGAAAGAUUAAACGAACUCAAACAUUUCGAUGAUACACUCUCAAAGGCAUGUAGACAAUUCAAAUCCAUCGGAGAGCCAUUAGAAAAUCCUUCUCUAGCCAUGUGUGUUAUCCAAAAGCUGCCAUCCAAAGUAAUCUCUCAAGUACUUGGAGCUGAAGAAGACGAUGAGUAUAAUCUAGAGAAAAUAAGUAAAAACUUGAAAAGAUACGUGAAUUUAAGAGAGAGAGUGACUGGAUAUACAGAAGAGGAGAGGAUCGUUAGAACACACGUAGUAGUGAAAGAACCAGUGAGAAGUCAUGAUGAACAAAGAGAGUGUAUCUUUUGCGAAAGAAUAGGACAUGCGGCAAGAGAAUGUACAAUAGUGCGCAGAGUAAAUGACAGAAGAGAUAUUAUUCAGAGACAAGGCCGAUGCUACAGAUGUUUUGGAAAAGGUCAUAGGAGUCAUGAAUGUACUAGCCAAAGACGGUGUUCCUUCUGUAAUAGCGUACACAAUAGUGCCUUGUGCUUAACGAGAGAACAAGAAAGGGAGAGAAUGCCAAGACGAAUGACGAGAGACAACAGUGUGGUGAGAACAAGAGACAGUCAUGUAGUAAGAAUGAGAGACAACAGCGUGGUAAGACUAAGAAACAAUAAUGCGGUACUACCGAGAGACACUAAUGUAGUAAGACGGGAAGAUAAUGUAAGAAACGAACAACAAGACCAGAGAGCUAUGAGAGUUGAACAGGGAGUAGUACGUAACAUAGAAACAUCUACUGACGCGAGAAAUACGUCUUAUAACAACAACGUGGUGAGACCUCAUGAAAGAGAAGUCAUUCCAGAACAAAAUCUUAUGACGUAUAUGAACGGGAACGUUACAUCUGAGUCAGAGAUGACGACGGUGCAUAGGAAGGUAUACUUACCAACCGUUCAGGUGAAAUUAUUUAACCCCGAUGAAGCUAACCCGGAAAUUAAAGUGGCUUAUGCCCUAUUCGAUAGCGGAUCACAACGGUCAUUCAUCACAUAUCAUAUGGCUGACCAAUUAAAGUUGACAAGUAAGAGUACUGGAGUAUUAUGGGUGAACACUUUCGCAUCAAAAGAAAUGAGGGGAGUCGAAUCGAGAAUAGUUCACGUGGGGUUAGUUCUUACAACAGGAGAUACUCAAAUCAUAGAAGUCAGUGCAGUCCCACAAAUAACCAAAGAUAUCGUUUGCCGUCCUAGCAAGGUUGGGCAGGAAACUGUCGAAGAUGGGGAAGAAAUUAUUGUCACCCCAGAACUAUUGAUUGGAGCGGAUCUCUAUUGGGAAUUAACCAUGGAGGUACCAGUGGAGAGAUUGGAUGAUAAUUUAUACCAAAUUUGGACUAAAGUAGGCCCUAUGAUUGGUGGUAAGCUUACAAGUGGUUGGGACGUCUUCACGAAUGCCGAAAGGAACCCCACGGUAGAAUGGAAUGAAAUCGAAAGGUUUUGGCAGCUUGAGAGUCUAGGAAUCAAUGAUGCACCGGUAGAUGAGGAUAACGAUAGGGCUCUAGAAUUGUUUGAUCGUACGGUAAGGUUCGUAAACGGAAGGUAUCAAGUAAGUUGGCCCUGGAAAUCAGGGAAUCCUCCAGCAAACACCAAUUACGGACUGAGCUUAGGUCGUUUGAAAUCGUUAAUGGGAAGACUGAAGUCUGAUCCAACUCUUAUGAGGAUGUAUGAAGACAAUUUACGAGAACAAGAACAUAACGUCAUGUUGGGUACGGAAGAUCAGGAACAAGCUGUGAGAAUGUAUAAGGUAGCAAAAUUAAUACUGAGUAAGGCCUCUAUGAAUUUGAGAGAGUGGUCUAGUAAUCAACCAGAAGUUGAAGAGCAUUUCAGUGGAACCGAUAAGUCGAAAGUUGAAGUAACGAAAGUUCUAGGAAUUACUUGGGAUCGAAGGAGAGAUGUUUUGUCUGUAGAACUGGUAACUAACAAAUUGAAGGGACCAUUAACAAAAAGAGAGGUGUUAUCGCAAUUAUCAGCCAAUUUCGAUCCCUUGGGAUUAAUCUCCCCAGUACUUCUGAAGGCAAAAUUAUUCUUUCAAGAUCUAUGGAAGCAUAAGUAUGAAUGGGAUGAAAUACUCGAACAGGAGCGAGAAGUGUGUUGGAAGGGGAUUAUAAAUGAGUGGAACGAUUUCCCUACGCUUGAGGUACCGCGGAAAGUCAAUGUUAAUUAUGAGAAAACAGAAUUACAUGCGUUUGUAGACGCUUCUAAAGAUGCUUUUGCUGCAGUGAUUUAUUUAAGGAGCGUUGCCGACACUAACUAUGGAACUAUGUUAGUUUUUUCAAAAACAAGACUAAAACCUCUAAAAGACAUUUCUAUCCCUAGGCUGGAAUUAAUGGCGUGUGUAAUAGGAGUGCGAGCUUUGAAGUAUGUUGAAGAGCAAUUACAGUUAGGUAGUAUUAAGAAAUUCCUGUGGUCAGACUCUAAAUGCGCAUUGGGCUGGAUUUUCACUAAUCGAGCACUUCCGGUUUUCAUUGCAAAUAGAGUAGCAGAAAUCAGAAAAUAUAAAGAUGUGACUUAUAGACACGUAAAAGGAGACCAAAAUCCAGCCGACAUAGCUUCUAGAGGAACAAGUCCUAGGAUUUUAAGGACACAAGAUAGUUGGUGGCACGGACCUGACUGGUUGAGUAAAAGUGAAAAUGAGUGGCCACGGAAUUAUGAGUAUUUAGAAGAGGGAGAUGAUGAAGAUGAUGAGACAACGCAUGAAAUCGUAGGAAAUGUAAUCGAAGGAAAGGAUUUGACUAAUACAAAACGUAUAGACGAAAAUGAGUGGCUAAUAAAGACAGCCGAAAGAGUUAAUACCUGGAGAAAGUUAAAAGGCGUAGUGGCAUAUUUACUUAGGUGGAAGAAACAAAUUAGUACCAAGGAGAAAACUGGUGAAUGGCUGACCAUGAAAGAAUUAGACAGGGCUGAACGUAAGAUCAUCGAACUUACUCAACACCAAGUUUUCGCAGACGUUUGGAAAGCUUUACUAAAAAAUAAACCUCAUCCCCUCAAAAAACAAUUGGGGGUAGCAAUAAAAGACGAAUUACUGGUAUGUAAAGGACGUAUUAAAAAUGAAGAUCUCUCCCCGCAAACUAAGAUGCCUUGGUUACUCCCGAGUAAGCAUCGGGUCACUGAACUCAUAAUUGAAGACAUCCAUAGAAAGAAUUUCCAUCAAGGUCUUCAGCACACCCUUUAUGAUACUCGAACUAAAUAUUGGAUUGCAAAAGGAAGAGCAGUCGUCAAGAAAGUCUUACGAAAAUGCGGACGUUGUAAGCGGUACGAGGGCGGUUCAUUCGUGUUGCCUCCUCCACCACCGCUUCCUUUAUAUAGAACGACUCGAGCCUUCCCUUUCCAAAAGUGUGGAUUGGAUUAUUUUGGGCCAAUAAUGGUAAAGAAACAGGGAACGACAACUAAAGUUUGGGGAUGUCUCUGGACUUGUUUGGUUACGAGAGCUGUCCACCUAGACGUUGUGGAAAGUUUAACCGCUAUAGAUUUCAUAAAGGCCUUCCGUAGAUUUGUCGCACGAAGAGGUGUUCUGGAAGUAAUAGUAUCAGAUAAUGCUACCACGUUCACAGCCGGUGGUAAAGUCAUUGUUGAUGAAUGCCAAAAGAGAGAUAUCGAAGAGGGAUUGAAAGAGUAUGGUAGUGAGAAUGGAUUAAAGUGGGAAUUUAUCAUAAGCCAUUCC